AUUUUGUUUGAACGGGAAGGACGUCGUCUUGACAACAACGAAUUUUGUGGUUUUGUAAAUGAAUUGUUGGAAUAAUUUUACUAUGAAUUUCAUAAAUUAUGGAUGAUCCUCAAAACGAUUUAUCUCAAACGAACGAAGUUAAGAAUGUUCUUCCGGAUGUCGUACAUUCUCAACAGAUACCCACAGUGGCAGUUGUAAAUACGGAAACAGAAUUGGCGGAACACGACGCCGGUGCUGGUGCAGAGAGCAGUUCCAUUUACAAUGCUGAAACCACUAGUGAAACUGAGUCUAUAUCGGAGCACUUGCCAUUCAAGGUGGAAGAAUCUCUCUCGGAGACGGACAAUAUUGACGAUCCGAACAAAUCAGAACCUUUGCUCAAAGCUGAAACAGAACAAGAAAAAGUGACAGUACAAAACUCUUCAAACAUUCCAGUGAUCCAGACACCAAACAGUGACAGUCCUAGCCUACAAGACCCAAACAAACAGAGCACAUCAUGGCCAUUGGAUGGGAAUGCUGUCUCUGACAUUCAUCAUCUCAGUGAAGAAAGCCCAGUAAACUUAGCUAUAUCUUCAGAUUACUCUCGAGAAGUAUGCUCUAAUGAAAAUGUGUCUCUUCCCUUACCCGACACUCCUAAAUCAGAAGGUAGAGGUUCUUGUGCCUCACCUUUGAGUGAUAAAUAUGUUGACUCUUUAAAUGAUUCUAUACAUAAAUCAUUGGAAUCCGACUAUGAUAAGUCACUGGGGCAGGUGAGUGAUUCUAACAAAGAAGAUUUUCCUGACGGUGGUAGUUCAGGUUCUGAAGAAAUAAUUAAGCUCGAUAUAAGAGGACAAGGUGCUCCUAAGUUUUCACUUCCUACUGCUAAAAUAAUUUUUGGGCCUCCUCCACAAGGAAGUACCAUUUUGGAUCCCAAUAUUGAUCCUAUUCCAGUGUUCCCUAACUUACUUUCACCCUUCCUUGUUGGUGCUGGUGACACUGUUAAAGUUGAGGAAAUAUUUGACUUCACCAAAGAACAGUUCAAAGAGCCAUCAUCUGAAAAAUCUCUUGAACUAUCUUUGGAUAAGUCAAUUGAGAUUUCAUUAGAAAAGAAUUUGUCCACUGACAAGACUGAGCAGCAAGAUUUGCUGGUGGAAGAAAUGAUUGUUGAGGAGAUCAUAGAAAGAGGUGAUGAAAAGCAUGAUGAACCAUCUCUGACUAAUCAGCCGAAAUCAUUUGCCCCAGAGGAAACAAUGUCUCUUAGUACAAUGACUACUGAUUAUAAGACAAUAUGUGAAGAGUUUCACGCUAAGCUUGUGCACUUCGAAGAUGCUAUUAUGCAACGUAAUGAACAAAUUCAAGAACUGACACUCUCAUUGCAGCGAACAGCUCGUGAACGUGACAACCUUAAAGCUGAAAAUGAACACCUCUCCAGUGAGGUCCUUCAGUUACAACAUACGGUUGGUGAAAGAUCAUCUUCUGAACAUGACACUGUCAAAGCUCAAUUAUCUGACUUCGUAAAGUACCAAAGCAUGGUCAAAGAUGACAGUACAAAGUUCUACUCAGCUUUAAUGAGUGGAGGAUCGUCUUUACAAAGUUCGAAUGGUGAAAAAGAUAUGGACCAUGAAGAAAUAACUGUCAACUAUUCAAAGUCUGACUUAAAGUCUUCCAGUUCUUCUGAUGAAUUUCAGACAGGCUUUGAAAAUAAAUUGUCAAUAAUUAUCAGUAAAUUUGAAGAUUGUAUAGAAGAAAACUUGAGAAAUAAAUUGCGUGAGAGCAUAAUUCAAGUGCUAUGUGAUGAAAUAAGCAAAAUGCGGAUAGAUUCGGACACAGAAAUCAAAGAUUUGGAGACACAAAUGCGGCAAGAAAAACAAACAUAUACUAUGGAGACCAGAAAACUAAGGGAGCUCUUGGCGUCUGUGAAAGCUGGCACUGCAGACAUAGAUGCACUUCGGGAAGAAUUAUGUAUCAAACAUGAGAAGGAAAUGGAAAAUUUAAGGACUUACUUUGAGAAAAAAUGUACUGAUAUGGAGAGGAGUUACUCUGAAGAAGUAUGGCGCGGUCGCUGCCGCUCGUCGUACGGCUCGGAAUGGUCGCUGGAGGACGGCGCCGGCGACCACGCCUCGAGGCACACUCGCCGCGCGCGCAGCGCUGAACUACCCUCCCUCACUGCUGCGCUGGACGUGGGCGGGUCGGAUCAGGGUGGCAAGGCUUCGUGUCGCAAGCACGAGCUGAUGCUGGACGAGCUUCGUGCCGAACAUGCCGCCACUCUGGCCACGCUGCAAGACCAGAUCACUCAACUGAAAGCUCACAUCCAGACUUCAGAGAAUACAGAGGCCAACGUGUCCCUCUACCAGCAAGACAUCGAUUUGGAGUUAGAGAAGGACGCGCGCCAUCAGAACAAACUGGACCAGGUGCGACAGGAGGUGAUCCAGCAACUGCAAGAACAAAUACAGGUGUUGCUGUCGGACCCCGACGCGGAGGUGUCGAGCUGGCCGGUGGAGCUGGUCGCGCUGCGGGACAAGAUACACGGCGACGCGCGCCUGCAGCAGGAGAAGGAGUUAUCGAGCUUACGGGACGAGCUGUCCGAGGAUAAAUGGAGGCAGCGGCGGAACCUCAGCUUCGACCAGAACAGGCACUUGGAGGAGGUCACUAAAGAGAGGGACGAUUUGAAACGCGUUGCGGUUGGUUUGCACCGCGUGGUGGGCCAAUUGGUGGCGUACUGCGCGCGCGCAGAGGACGAACUCAACCGAACUGUGCUCGCCAACCUGCUCGCCAGGCUGCUGCCCGAACACGAACAAUCGUUCGUUCUGGACGUGUCCCGUGCGAGCAGUCCCGAUGCGUCUCAAGAGUUAAACACCAGCGCCGUAUCGCGCCGCGUACAUUUCGCGCCCGAACUGGAGUUUCUAGGCGUAGAAUCUGGAGCGGAAGCGGACGCAUACGCGGAGGCGGAUGAAGCCAGCGUGUUACUGUUCCUGCAGCAGCAGCGGGACUUGAGCGCCGAUAUAAAGCUGCAGCUGGAACGAUCCUUGAGGAGACUGCGCCACGAGGCUACCUCGCUUCUGGACUUGUCGGCGAAACUAGCAACAAAGCGCCAUGACGCCAACAUGCUGGAGUCGAGUCAGGUGCAGAUAACGGACCUGGUGGAAGACCUGGACUCCAAGCACAGGUCGUGCGAUAACUGCGAAUUGCACAGAAAGAACAUGGAGGAAGCCAUGGCGGAAUGCUUGCAGCGCGAGAAUCUUCUGCGUUCGGAACUGGAGACUGCCAUGAUCAGGAUAGCUCAUCUCAUGACGACGGACAGAAUGAAUUCCGGUGACGUCAUCGCUGAGGGGUAUGGCACGGGAUGCACGCCGAGUGUGGGCAGAACUGUGACGCGGGGAACUAUGUCCCUGGAGGGAACUGUGUCCCCGCGGGAUCAAGUGGCCGCUUUGACUGCAGACCUGGAUGCUUUGCAACGAGACAGGGACGAUUUGUGUCAACAGCUAGAAGCGGCUAACCGUCAGCUCCGAUCGACGCGCCAGUUCGUCGAAGAGCAGGCGAACGAGCGCGAGCACGAACGCGACGAAUUCGCGCGCGCGCUCGCCGACCUGCGCGACGAUAACGCCAGGCUUACUGCCCGUCUGCAUAACAACGCGCGGAUACUCAACGAGAUGCACCGCCUGCACCUCUCGCAAUGCAACUGUCGCGACUACGAGCUUACAGUCGAACAGCUGGAAACUCAAACACGCGAAAUGAAUCAGAUAAUAGCCGAUUUGGAAUCGCGAAGGGCGUCUUCCGACGAAGAGUUGAAAGCGCGAGAUGAAAAGAUAACCAUACUGAGAGACGUAAUAGCCAAUUUGGAGAGUCAGCUUGAACAGAAGGCGACACAUGAGAAGGAGAUAGUGCAACAGCUGGAACUGAUGAGACAGACGAUAGAUGAGAGAGACGGCAAGAUGCGCUCGUUGCUGGGGGAACUGGAGGCGCUGAGGAGUGAGAAGGCGGAACUGACGCAGGUGUCCUGCGUUAAUUGUACGCAGGAGGAGGAGAAGCAUAAUGAUCUCCUGGAUCAAGUGAAAGAGCAGUGCCAAUGGUUGGAGCAACACAUCCACUGUCGCACGCAGCGCCUGGAGCGACUGCACGACGAAUGCGAAGCGGCCACCAGCGAGCCCAGCGAGGACGUGUCGUUACGGGACCAGAAGGGACCGGGGCAGACGCAGUCCCCCGGCAGUACGGAAAGCCCUCGCCCCCCACGCUUGGUGGAACUGCUGGGUAUAUGGGAGUGCCUGCAGACACAUUACAGGGCCGAAGAAGCGGCGCUCAAACGGAUACAUGACUUGGAGAUGCAGAGAGCUCACCUUAAGGACGUAGCCCAGGAGGUGCGCGCGGAACGCGACGUCCUGCAGGCGCGCAUGUCUGAGCAGGCGCUGAAGAUCUCUUCGUUGUCGGCGCGCCUGCAGCAGCACCGCAACGAUGCCGACGCGCGCGCGCACCACGCCGCCAGCCAGCUCAGCGUGCGCCUGCACGACGCCUGCGCCGAGGUUGAAAAAUUAAAAGAGGACCUCGAAUCGAAAGACAAACAGCUGUUACGAUUAAAACAGAGUUUGGAGGAAAAGGACAAAUUGAAUGAGCAACACCAAUCUCUAUAUGGGAAUUCAUGUAAUCCCAAAGACAAGGUAGUUAUACUUGAACGCGAGCUGUCAGCUGCUCAGAGCAGGAUAGCUCAACUGGAGUCGUUGGCCAAAGGCUUGGAAGCGGAUAAAGACGCGCUUAAUGCCACGCUUCGGGACUUGCAGCGGGCAUUGGCCGAAAAGGAGGAACAAUUGCAGGAGCUACUGGCGCUCAAACUUGAUGACGACAACCAAAGGGAGGAUAGAAGCGAGAACGCAGAAGGGAAAGUGUCCGCUCGAACGCUCAGCGAUAUCGUUUCCAUAUCGGAGUUCGAUGAACAAGACUUGCAGAUGCGUCGCGCCGAACUACGAACCCACAACCUCAGUCUAACCGGGGUUCCUCACCCCCACACGAGAGAAAAGUUGCAAAGAACUUUACCCCCCGAUAUGAGCUCCCUACACAUAGAAUACAUCGACCAUUCUGAUUUACUUCCCUCUUGCACUCCCCGAGCGGAUUCCUUACCCGCCCAUCUCACCUCUACACAGAACAAAGACGCCCUCAAACAAUACAAACGAAACGUCAAUGAAACAACACUCUUCAGUGUCGACAAAAUGGAUGCCACGAAACACAACAUACCGGACAAUUGCUCCAUGUAUCCCAACCGCGAUGUGAGCGACAGCAAAAAUGUCAGCGUCGAACCAAAAGUCAUCGACUUCUCGGUCGAACCGUCCCAAGAUAACAGGACGCGAGACGAAGAGUUCACGUCCUUACGAGAAUUAGGAAUCACUUUAGACAUCAAGCAGGAAAACUUCCCCGAUAUACUGACGCAGUUGAAACACGAAAUAAAGAAAUCCAGAUCCGAAUUGGAAAACUGCAAAUCGGAACUGAAAAAUGCCGAAGAACAGCUGUGCGAGUUCCCAGCUUUAAAAGAGGAGGUCGAGGAACUGAAAAAUCUCCUCGAAAACACUAUGGCGACCAUGGAAACCGAUAAGAAGUUCUACGAAAACCAACUGGAAAAUUUCACAUCGAACAAAAAGCUGCUCGAGCAACGAACUUCGGAGUUGACGCAGGAAGUCAACGACAAAUCCAAAGACUUACAUUUGCUCAAAGAAGAUAUUUUAAGAAGAGAAAACAUGAUAUUAGAAUUAGCUAAAGAGAAGCGUAAUUUGACUAAUAAACUGGCUGAACUCGAAGUUAAAAUCGACGAGUUGCAGAGCAGAAAUAAAACGUUAGAAAACAGCGAGAGCGAGAAACGGCAAAUGAGGGAGAAGUUACAAGAACUGGGGAGAUUGGAACAACUCGUGUCUGAGAAGAAUCAUCAGAUCGACAGCUUGAAUCAGCACUUGGACAGAUUGGACGAUCUCCAAAGACGCUUGGACGACAAAACCGAAGAGUUGGACAACCUAAAAGAGUCGUUUGAGGAGAAAUCUAAUGAGCUAUUCCAACUGCAGGAUACUGUGGAAGCUCUAAACAGAGACGUGGCGCGACUGAAUGAAGCUAACAAAGAACUCAACACAAACAACAAAGAGUUGAAAUUAAAGCUGUCAAAACUGGAGAAGGAGCAAGAGAACGCGUCCUUGAAACUGCAGAGCAGCGAGAGCGAAGUGGAGAGAUUAAACUCUUUGAACGGGGAGUUGACGUCCAAAAUUGACGAGCUGAAACUGCUGAAUGACAAGUUGAAAGAUAAGGAGACAGAGAUAGAGAUUCUGAAUGAGGACAUUAAAGCUUUCCAUGAAGAGAUUGCGUCGUUGAAGGAGCAGUUAAAGAUGGUGUCGCGUAGUCCAUCGCCUAGAAGUAAAGGCGGUGAAGAUAAGAGAUCGACGGAAACUCGCGCGGGGGCUGAUAUGAAGCAGUUGAUGAAGAUACGCAAGCAGAUCUCGCUGAUGCAGCAUGAGCUCGACUUCCACAAGAAGGAACUUAAUGAUAAGGCCUUCGAGCUGGCCAAAGCCAAGCUAGAAGUGACAGAGCUUCGCAACAACUGCAGUCAGGCUCAAAAGAUUUGCACCGACAAAGAAGCGGAGGUGGCUACUAUGCAAGCGGAGAUUGUCGCUGUCACUAUGCAGCGAGAACAGCUCAAGCAACAGCUUGAAGCACUCAACCAUAAGAUUCGAGAAGAGUCCAACAUGUCUGAACUGAAAGAAAAAUUACGUGGAAAGGUAGAACGAUGCCGGGAACUAGAGGCCGAGCUGCAGGAUACUAAGGAUCUAGUCGAAAGGUUACGUAGUGCCGAAGCGCCGGUAACAGAUCGUGCUCUAGUGGUGAGCGGCAGUAGAUCACCCACGGCUGAGUUAGAACGGGCACUCAGAGACCAACUUAACUACUCUCAUGAACUGGACGAUGACAUUAUGGAGCAGAUAUUGUCGGCAAGCAGCGACGAACGCGAAGAUAUUCCCCGUCUCGCUCUAAACUCGUCAAAAUCAUCGUCGCCUGCCCACUCGUCUUCUUCGGAACGCGUCCGUCGUCUGCGGCACGACAACGAGCAGCUGCAGCUGCAGCUCAACCACCUGCAGCUGCGGCUCGCCGACAAGGACGCGCUCAUAGCUGAACUGAACAGGAUCAGAGACAAGCUGACCAACGAGUGGCAAACCAGUCAAUUGCGAUACGAAACGGAAAGAGACAACGCUGCCCGCCUGCAGCUACUACUCGCCGCGCAUAAGGACACCGCUGAUACCCUACAGAACCAAGACUCGAGCAUGAUUCAAAUGCUGAAGCAGCGCCUGGAAAGCGGCAUGGCCUCGGAGCUGGAGCUGCAGCAGCAGCUGCACCACGCGCGCAACCACCUCGCGCAGCUGCAGCGGGACCUGCACCACACCACGGGGGACGAGUCUUUGAAGACUCAGUUACAUCACGAGUUGGAGAACAGCGAGCGGUUACGCAGCGAGAUUUCCGUACUGAAAUGCAAAUUGGAAGUUGAAAGGACGCGCGCCCAAGAUGCCGACGCGGCGCUACAACACGCGCGCGCGAGACAUCAGCGCGCCCAACAAAAUGCCAAGCACAACGCCGACACGUGGCAACAACACCUCGCCGAUGCUAAUAGGUUAAAACACGAAGCGGGCGUAGAAUUACUGCGUGCCAAGGAAUUGUUGAACAUACAGAGUGAAACCAUUACCGAACUCGAGAAGAAACUCAACCUGGCUGCUAAACAGAGGUCGUACGGAGGAGAUACCCUGACGGAGAUGGAGCGACAGCGAAGCGAGAUGGCGCGAGAGAUCGCCACCCUCAGGAAGAGCCUGGCCGACGCGGCAUCGAACCCGCAACCCGACCGCGACCAGGCCGUGCGGUACCUGCACGGGCGCUGCCUGCGGCUGGAGAGCUGCCGCAAGGCGCUGGUGUGGCAGAAGCGGUACCUGCAGCGGGUGCUGGCCGGCUACCACGCGCUCGAGCGGCAGCUGGCCGCCACCCCGCGCCAGCCUGCCACCCCGCACCAGCCUGCCACUCCGAGAGCCGCACGAUUCAAAUGCGUAGCGUUGGCAGUGGUGGUGGUGCUCCGCAUGGGAUUCCUGGUGCGGCGCCGACAUCAGAUGAGGGCAAUCUCUGCACGCUGCAUCCUCAGGGAACAUAACUCGAGCGAUGUGGGCCCCAGCCCGGCGAUGAGUCGCGACGCGCGUCUCAGAGACCUGCGCGUGCCAAUGCCAAUGCCCAUGCCGGCCUCGCCACUCAUCAGUGAUUUUGUCCGGCGGUCGCCUUACAACAUCAGCUCCCCACGCGAAGAACCUUUUCUAUUGAGUUCCCCUCGAGGAGAAACGGCGUCGUUGUGCAAACUUCAGCUAGUAGGACGCGGGUUAGCCCGAGACCUGCCUUGAACAAACGACUGCAGUUCACGGAAUACCGUCUUUAAAUUAAAACUCGGUUUGAUAUCGAGAAGACUGACAUGUUACUCUUUUUAUAAACUUGGGUCGUGUUAUGCAGAAGUGUGUUAUCUGACUAAAUUUGUGUUAGAUUUGUUUGAUUUUAUAAAUUAAUUUUUCAUAGAACAGUAAUUAUUUUGAAAUUCAAAGGCCCUUUUGUAACCUUUUUAUUUUGCUAAAUUAAAAAUAGUUGUUUUGAUAUGGUAAUUGAAGACUGAAGUCCCACUAUAACAUUUUAAAAAACACUUUGCAUAACACAAUCCAUUUAUGACGUAAAGGUACACAACCGCGACUUUAGUAAAAUAAAUUUUGAUGUAUUUUUCUUUUUAGAUUAUUGUAAUGAUUUCUCUAAAUUGUUUUACUUAGUUUUUAUAAUUAUUAUUGGCUCAAUAUACAGUCCGGUUUUGUACCGCAUUACUUGGAAUGUUAUAUAUAUUAUUCAAUAGUUUGUGUUGAAAACUUUUUAUAAUAUUUACAUUGGUGAGUAUUUAUACGCGUAGUGAAUGAUGCAUUUUUAAAUAAUAUAUAAUUUAUGCAUUUCCCGAUGUAAAGCCACGUUAAGUAUUAGAUUAGUGCCAAAUUUUGCGUACAUUAGAUAAAUUUCUGUUACUUAAUUUAUUUAUUAGUUUACCAUAAGCUUUAAAUUUAAGUCGAAGGACCCCUAUUCCAUGUUUUCUAUUCUGAUUGUUACUGAUGAUUUUGUUUCCUUUUUUUAUAUAAAAGUAUAUAUAAUGAGAUAUGUUGAAAGUGCGUGUGAGCAAUAUGUCUUCAUGCGUUACUACAACGCUGAAGACUUGGAGAUGUAAAUUUUCGUCAUACAGACAUUACGUGUCGUCCUAACUUGCCUUAGAUAUAGCAAUAUCGACCUUACAAACCAUAAGAUACAGAUUAUUAUAAAGUAUUUUUGUCAGUGAUUUAUAUUUUAUACAAACGACAUCUAUGUCCUAUAGAGUUAAAAGUUGGUUUACACCUCAAUAGUCCAAUUAAUUAUAUAUUAAAAUUAAAAAUUAAAUAAAGUACAUGUUGAUAAUUUUAAUGAAAUUUUAGAAGACACGCUAUGCGCUUGCAGUGUGUGUUAGCUCACACGUUAAGAAGCGCUCACAACGUUAUGACACUUGAAAAGUAACUCUGCUAUCGUGAUCACAAAAUGGAAAAUUGUUUAAACAUCAAUACGUCAUCGGAUAAGGCGCGUUGAAAGAUUUAUGCGUAAUAUUUCAUGACCGGUAGAAGUUAUAUUUCAAGUGUCAUGACAGUCUCCGCUUUUCCGCAUCAAAUCUUUUAAAAUUCUUCUUAUACUUAGAAUACGAGUUCACUUUGUUAUUUGAGCACAUAUUAAAACACACAGGACAUUUCUCUGUAUUCAAGUAAGAUUUCAGUUGCUGACACGUAAUUCUACCUAUCGUCGCUGUCAUCUCAAAAUGUCGUAUGCAAAAUUGUAUAACUUUAAUUUUAGUUUUAAAAUAUUGUAAAAAAGGUCGUAUUGUUAAAAAUACCUGGGAUCUAUUAUGAAUCUCUAUAUAGGAGACACAAAAUGAAGCCUUUUGAAAAAUAAAAUAAAAGAUUUUGUGUUUCCUGAAAUAAGCCUAUUUAUACUCACGACUCAUUGAAAUGAUAGCGACGCUAUGCUUAUAUCUAGUUACUUACCUGUAGCACAAAUUCAUGCCAUCUCUUUUAGUAGUUAAGUUAGUUUUAUAAAUAUUUUUUUUUCUCGACACGCGAAAGUACAAGUUAGUUUAAGUUAGUUAAGCGAGCGCGACACGAAGUCUCGAUCGAACAUUCUCGAAUAUUAUUCCAAAUACGAACCCACCAGCGCAGUUGACGUAAUACUGGCAGGCUUUACCAAUUGAUUGUUUGCUUAAACACGAGAGAAAUAAUGUUCAUAAUCGAUUGGAAAAGUUUUAGAUAUUGUGCUAAUUUCAUGGACUGGCAAAUGUUCAUGGUUUUUUUUUAAUAUUGUUAAAUUCAGGUGUCUAUGGAGAACAUGGAUGCUAUUUUGUUAUCAAUUUAAAACAGAAAAUAUAUUAAAAUUAUUACGAUAUUCACCGUUAACCCACCGUAUUAACACCAAAGAAAUAAUCUGAAUAUAAUAUCGAGAAAAUAGGUAUUCUGAAGAUGACUCGACUGCGCUUUUGGUGAUUUUUUUCAAAUCAGUUGGUAUUAUUUAAUUUGUGACCACGAUAAAUUUAAUACUUUUAAAAUGGAAAGCUUUAAUCAUAACAAUAAUAUCAACUGGUAGAAACGACAGACAAUAUUGUAAGCCAAAGCAAACGAAGUAUUAUGAAAGCUGUGGUUUAAGCAAUUUAUUCCAUUUCGCACAAACAUUAUUUAAAGUGACACGACAUGGCACCCGCUUAGAUAUAAUUAAGACUUUCUACACUCAAUGUGACCAAAGAUUUAUGUAAUUAAUUUAGUAAUUGCUAGAUUUAUAUCGACUUCUAAAUUUAACUAGUUAAGUUAAUUAUUAAGUUAGUAAAACACAGAUUAGGGCAUAACCGAAAAAUUUAUUCGCUAUAAAAAAUUCACAUUGUUUUAAUAAAUUUUGACAUAACACGACACAAAUUUAUUGUUCUCUAGUCACAAACCGUCACAAUCGUGCCAUACGAAAACGCUCUCUAAGUUUUGUAAAGUGAAUAGAAUAAAAACACCUUGUAAAAUUGAUACGAAUAAAUUAUAAAUAUUUUGUAAGCAUUCGUUUCAUUUCGUCGCCUGCCGGCAGAUGUCGCAGCUUACUUACCACGUUAACUUUUGCGUUUUGAU